AUGGAUAUGUACCGCGCAUUUGACACGACGAUCCUUCGGGUCUUCGCCGGGACAGGCGACCCACUGCAGACUAUCGAUAACAACAACCUGGCAGUGUUCGAGAGGGCAAUGGAACUGUUGGGCGACGACGUCAUGUACGAAAGCGAGGUCAUCUCUUCUAAGCGAAUCAAGAAUGGCGUUCGACUGGUGGUCCGAUCCAGCAACGGCCGUACGGUUCUCGUCAAGGCUCGACGACUGCUGGUUGCUAUUCAGCCAGAUGCGGCCAAGCCUGGAUCGCUGGACCUAGAUGCGAACGAGCGCAAAUUACUGGCCAGAUCCACGGCUAAUAGGUUUUUCGUUGGCCUCAUUUCGCACCCUUCCUUGCCAUUCAAUACUACAUUUUACAACACCAUCCCGGAGGCUUCACCGAGAAACCGCUUGCUGUAUCCAGCAAACCCAUCUUUUGCGGAAUUUCGAUAUGUCGGUGAUUCGUCUUCCGGCGGCCUCUAUCGAAUUGUCCUGAGUGGCCCUCCUGGAUACCCAUUUGAAAACGCCAAAAAGCUCAUACGGACCAGUCUCCAGAAUCUCAUGGAUACCGGGUUGGUUCCUACUGGAGAUGCAAAUGAUAUCGAUUUCAAGACCUUUGAUGACCACGGCUCCUUGUACCGCAGCUACGCCGUCAAGGAUUUAGAGGACGACAUCGUUCGCAACCUCAAUGCCCUGCAGGGCGUUCGAUCAACCUGGCGUGUGGGGGGUGCCAUCGGUACAACUAAUCUUUGCAUGUUGUGGGCUCAGGUUGAUGUCGUGUUGGUGGAUCUCACCAAGGGCCUUUAG